AUGGCCGCUCCCGUUCCCGCUGGCGCUGUUGAUCAGCUCGCUGCUGACCUCGGCAACACCAACCUCAACGGCUCUGACAAGGCCCCUGGCAACAUCAACACGUCUGUAGCUCCCAGCGAGUUCACUGGUGACGAGUCUGGUCCCACUCCCAGCUCUGCUGCCCCGAACCAUGCCUCGUCUGCCUCCCUCUACGUUGGCGAGCUUGAGUCCUCCGUCACCGAGGCCAUGCUCUUCGAGCUGUUCUCCCAGAUUGGCCCCGUCGCCUCGAUCCGUGUCUGCCGUGAUGCCGUCACCCGUCGUUCUCUUGGAUAUGCCUACGUCAACUACAAUACCACCAGCGACGGCGAGAAGGCUCUUGAGGAGCUCAACUACACCAUCAUCAAGGGCCAUCCCUGCCGUAUCAUGUGGUCUCAGCGUGACCCCGCCCUGCGCAAGACCGGUGCUGGCAAUGUGUUCAUCAAGAACCUCGACGUCGCCAUCGACAACAAGGCUCUUCACGACACCUUCGCCGCCUUCGGCAACAUCCUCAGCUGCAAGGUCGCCCAGGACGAGAACGGCAACUCGAAGGGCUACGGCUUCGUCCACUACGAGACCGAUGAGGCUGCAUCGCAGGCCAUCAAGCACGUAAACGGUAUGCUUCUGAACGAGAAGAAGGUCUAUGUCGGCCACCACAUCCCGAAGAAGGACCGUCAGAGCAAGUUCGAGGAGAUGAAGGCCAACUUCACCAAUGUCUACGUGAAGAACAUCAACCCUGAUACUUCUGAUGAGGAGUUCCGUGAGCUGUUCGUCAAGUAUGGCGACAUCACUUCCGCCUCUCUGGCUCGCGACCAGGAGAGCGGCAAGAACCGUGGCUUUGGUUUCGUCAACUUCAUCUCUCACGAGGCUGCUGCCAAGGCUGUUGAGGAGCUCAACGGCAACGACUUCAAGGGUCAGGAUCUCUACGUUGGUCGUGCUCAGAAGAAGCAUGAGCGCGAGGAGGAGCUGCGCAGGUCUUACGAGGCCGCCCGCCAGGAGAAGGCCAACAAGUACCAGGGCGUCAACCUGUACGUGAAGAACCUGUCGGACGAUGUCGACGACGAGAAGCUGCGCACCAUGUUCGCCGAGUACGGCCCCAUCACAUCCGCCAAGGUGAUGCGUGACACCUUUGUCGAGGGUGAAGAGUCUGAGGAGAAGGACAAGGAGAACACGAAGGAGGUCGAGGAGCCUUCGGGCUCUGGUGAGGAGAGUGGUGAUCAGAAGACCGAGAAGAAGGGUGAGAAGAAGUUCGGCAAGAGCAAGGGCUUCGGCUUCGUCUGCUUCAGCAACCCAGAUGAUGCCACCAAGGCUGUUGCCGACAUGAACCAGCGCAUGAUCAACGGCAAGCCUCUCUACGUCGCCCUCGCGCAGCGGAAGGAUGUCCGGAAGUCACAGCUUGAGGCUAGCAUCCAGGCCCGGAAUCAGCUCCGCAUGCAGCAGGCUGCCGCUGGCAUGCCCGGCGUGCCUGGUCAGUUCAUGCAACCUCCCGUCUUCUAUGGCCAGCAGCCUGGAUUCCCCGGCGCUGGUGGUCGCGGUGGCAUGCCUUACCUCGGUGGCGGCAUGCCCAUGCCUGGCGGGCAGGCAGGCCGCCAGGGUCAGUUCCCCAACGCCUACCCAGCCCAGGCUGGCGGCCGCGGUGGCAUGCCACCUCAGAUGCCGCCCAACAUGUACAUGCCUGGACAGUUCCCACCAAACGCUUAUAGCCAGCCCAACAACCCUCAGUUCAUCGCCGCUCUGCAGCAGGUCCAGCACCAAGCUGCAGCCAUUGCUGGUGGCCGUGGCCAACCUGGCCGUGGCCCUGUGCAGGGCAUGGCAGGUAUCCCUGGAGGAAACAUGUCAGGCGGUAUGCCUGGUCGUGGCAACAUGGGCAACCGUUUCCCUGGAGGUCCUGGAGGACGAGGUGGCCCAUCUCCUCAGAUGGGUGCUCCAUCAGACUUGAGUGCUAGUGCCCUGCUCCAGAACCAGUUGGCCGGUGCCCCACCACCAGCCCAGAAGCAGCUGCUUGGCGAGGCUAUCUUCCCCAAGAUUCAAGCGUUGCAGCCUGAACUGGCGGGUAAGAUCACUGGUAUGCUCUUGGAGAUGGACAACCAAGAGCUCGUCAACCUCAUCGACGACGACAAUGCUCUGCGCGCCAAGGUGGACGAGGCCAUGACCGUCUACGACGAGUACGUUAAGAACCAGGGUGGC